GGCCAAUCACCAGUGGUGUUGAGCCAUGUUGGAGCGGCUCGUGCCGAAGUGGGGUGUUACCUGGAGACACCUGGAGCUUCCCCGCCCAGAGACACCUGCAAUCCUCGGGACUCCCCGACUAGAGACAUUCCCACUGCCACCUGGGCUGCCUGCCAGGACACACCUGGACUCCCUGACUAAGACGCCUAGAGUCCUCGGGACUCCCGCUUGGAGGCAUCUACACUACCACCCGGGACUCCCAGGGUGAAGGAAGGUUCACUACCACCCGGGACUUCUUGGGUGGAGGAAGGCUCACUACCACCUGGGCUCCCAGGGACUCCCUGCCUGGAGGAAGGAUCACUGCCACCUGGGCUCCCUGGGUGGAGGAAGGUUCACUACCACCUGGGACUCCCUGCCUGGAGGAAGGUUCACUCUCACCUGGGACUCCCUGCCUGGAGGAAGGUUCACUCUCACCUGGGACUCCGUGCCUGGAGGAAGGUUCACUACCACCUGGGCUCCCUGGGUGGAGGAAGGUUCACUCUCACCUGGGACUCCCUGCCUGGAGGAAGGUUCCCAACCACCUGGGACUCCCUGCCCGGAGGAAGGUUCACUACCACCUGGGACUCCCUGCCUGGAGGAAGGCUCACUACCACCCGGGCUCCCCGAGCUGCCCCUCCCAGUCUCCCACAGUGAAGGCCGCUGCUCCGAUCCCAGGACAUGGCCCAGUCCCCGGCCGUGAGCUUCAGCGAGGCCAUCCCGACAACAGGCAGCCCCGGGCGGCUAACACUGAGGAGCGUGAUCGGUGUCAGCGCCGGCGGUUUCUGGAAGGAGGUGCGGGGGCUGUCCCGGCUGGCUGGCCCAGUGUUUUUUUCACACCUGAUGAUCUUUACUAUAAGUGUUGUCAGCUCCAUAUUCUGUGGACACUUAGGGAAGGUGGAGUUGGAUGCCGUUUCACUUGCCACAGCUGUUAUAAACAUAUCAGGCAUUUCGAUAGGUGUUGGUUUGUCUUCAGCAUGUGACACACUGAUAUCUCAGACGUAUGGCAGUAAGAAUCUGAAGCGAAUUGGGGUAAUUCUCCAAAGAGGGAUUCUCAUUCUCCUGCUCACCUGCUUACCCUGCUGGGCUCUCUUCAUUAACAUUGAACACAUCCUAUUGGCUUUCAAGCAGCCUCCUGAGGUAGCCAAUUUAACACAGCUUUAUGUGAAGAUAUUUAUUCCUGGCCUUCCGGCAACAUUUUUAUACGAGUUAGAGACAAGAUACCUUCAGAAUCAGGGAAUAAUUCUGCCACAGAUUAUCACUGGUUUAGUGGCUAAUAUUUUCAAUGCUGGGAUAAAUUACAUCCUCCUGUAUGUGCUGACACUGGGCGUGCCGGGCUCAGCUGUUGCCAAUGUUGCCUCUCAGUACUGUCAAAUGAUUCUCCUGUUCAUAUACAUUAGAUGGAAAAAGUUGUAUGUUGAGACCUGGAAAGGAUGGUCUGUUGACUGCUUGCAAGAGUGGGGCCGUUUUAUAAAGCUGGCAAUUCCCAGCAUGCUGAUGCUGUGUAUUGAAUGGUGGACAUAUGAAAUUGCAAUUUUCCUUACGGGAUUAGUUAAUGAAGUAGAACUUGGAGCACAGGCCAUAAUUUACCAAGUUUUAUCUGCAGCAUACAUGAUCCCUCUGGGGUACAGUGUGGCUGUCGGUGUUUGUGUGGGGAAUGCGUUGGGUGCUGGAGACUCCGCACAGGCUAAGACCUGUGCCAAAGUCGCUCUGCUGUGUGCUGGGUGCUGUGCUUUGCUGAUCUCUCUGAUACUGGCAGCAAUAAAGGAUGUGGUGGGUUAUAUCUUUACCACUGACAAAGAAAUUAUUCGAUUGGUCGCACGACUAGAUCCUUUAAUUGCUACUUAUCAUUUUUUUGAUGCCAUGACUUGUGUGAGUGCUGGAAUAGUAAUAGGAUCUGGGAAACAGAAACUCGGAGCCAUUGUCAAUCUAAUUGUGUUCUACGCAGUCGGUUAUCCUAUUGGAAUAUCACUGAUGUUUGCAGCUAAACUUGGCAUCAUUGGUCUGUGGUCUGGGAUGUUCACCGCUGUCAUUGUGCAAGUGAUCUUCUUUCAGAUAGUGAUCUUUAAAAUGAACUGGAAGAAAGCAUCUGAUCAGGCUCAGGUUAAUGCAGGUGUGAAAAAUGACAUGGACUCCAUAAACAGCCCCUCUGAUGGUCAAACUGAAAAUACUUUGCCAGAAACAGAUGAAAUGGAGACCAGCACUGAUGUUCAACAAUUGAUCCAUGAGUGUAGUGCAACACAAGCUGGUGUUAUCGUUGGUGAUGUUUUACCCAUGAAACAACUGGUUAUACGUCGUGGCCUAGCCUUGCUUUCAGGAUUAGUUGUUCUGGCAAUUGGGUUCGUGAUACACUUCACUGUCACAACAGAUACAUGAGCCCCAGUAAACACAGUGGAGGUGAAGCAAGGAGCAGUGGGUAUGGUAGUUUUGACAAGAAGGAAAGCAGAAGUCAGACGUGCGUGUAGAAUGUUACUGUACAGACUGGAUGAAGGAUUGUCUCCUGCUUUAAAUGUUUGUCAAAUCCAGAAGCGGUUCCUUUAACAUUCAUCAAAGUGGCUGGGUCCUCCCCAUUUCAAGUGCUCCCAUUAAACACUGUGCACUUUGUCAUCUCAAAUAGUUAUUGGAGGCGACUGAACAAUAUCUGCAGAAAG